GCUGACUAGCGAGACGUCGGGGGCGGUCGGAGACCGUUCUCAGAAUGCUGAGUCUAGUGUUUACAGGUUUGCAUAUGUCAUGCUUACGGUUUCUGAUGUCAUGGUGACGGCUUCUGACGUGUAAUUCCCUCAUGUCCCGCACAUGGAGUAAUGGCUGCUCAAUGAAUUGACAGAUACAGGACGUUAUAGUCAUCCUCUCCGCUAUGAGCAUUUUGGCGGCUUGCUUCGAUGAGGAAAACUUUUGUUCGUUGAACAAAAUAAGUAUUGUUCAUAGGCAAUCCUGAUCCUCGAGGCUCGAGCCAACCAAUUGGCCAUUUGAGUCGUCUGUCUUUUUUCCUCCUGCCCUUUGCCUAGUAAAGAUUUUGAUUUGGUCAGUGAAAUGAUAAAUAGGCCGUUUUCGUAUGGCGACCUACGCUCUGUAUUUUGCACCUCCAUUGAGUCCCGGACCAAAGUUCGGCUAUCUCCUGGACGGUAUCCACGCCCCCUGAGUGCAGUGGCCUGUGUUUGGAUAGCGGCCUCUGGCUCUGCUCGCCGGCUCAGUCGCUCACCACGCGGUCGUCGGUGACAGUCGCCGGCUCUGCUCGCGCUGGGAGGCAUCGUUGAGAGGAUGGCGCCGAUGCCGCCGACGCCGACAGUGCCGCCGUCGGAGCCGAAUGGACUGCGACGGCGCAGCCGCACCCUGUCGAGCCACUCGCUGGAUCCGGCCGACUUUGUGCGUCCCGACCUGCCGUCCAAGUGCAAAUGGAAGCCGGGAGCGCCCGUCUCUGACAGCCCGCACAGCAAGUGCCCCGUCCGAGAUGAGGUUAAGAUCAUGCCGAACAUCUUACACCAGAUCGGCCGAACACCAAUGGUGCGGCUGAACAAAAUCCCGCAGAGCCUCGGUAUCAAGUGCGAAGUCUUGGUCAAAUGCGAGUUCUUCAACGCCGGUGGCAGUGUCAAGGAUCGUAUCGCCCUGAGAAUGGUCGAGGAUGCCGAGAGGGACGGCCUCAUCAAGGCCGGCUCGACACUCAUCGAGCCCACCUCGGGCAACACAGGAAUCGGUCUGGCGCUGGCCGCCGCCGUCAAGGGCUACCGCGCCAUCAUCGUGAUGCCGGAGAAGAUGUCCAACGAGAAGGUGGCAGUGCUGCGCGCGCUGGGAGCCGAGAUUGUGCGCACGCCCACAUCCGCCUCGUGGGACGCUCCUGAGAGCCACAUCUCGGUGGCACAGCGACUGCAGAAGGAAAUACCGGACGCCAUUAUUCUGGAUCAGUACCGUAACCCGGGCAACCCGCUGGCUCACUACGAUACCACCGCGGAGGAGAUUCUGCACCAGUGCGAUGGACGUGUCGAUAUGGUGGUGCUCGGCGCGGGUACCUGCGGCACCGUAUCCGGGGUGGGCCGUAAGAUGCGCGACGCCGGCGUCAACUGCACAGUGGUCGGGGUCGACCCGCACGGCUCGAUCCUGGCGCACGAGCCGGACGAGGUGGUCGAGGGACAGUUCUACGAGGUGGAGGGCAUCGGAUACGACUUCUACCCAACGGUGCUCGACAAGUCCGUGAUAGACAAGUGGAUCAAGUGCGGCGACAAGGAAUCUCUGCUGAUGUGCCGCCGUCUGAUCCGGGAGGAGGGGCUGCUGUGCGGCGGCAGCAGCGGCUCGGCCGUCUGGUCAGCAAUGCAGCUGGCCAAGGACCUGCCGGCCUCGGCGCGCGUGGUGGUCAUUCUACCCGACAGCGUGCGGAACUACAUGACAAAGUUCGUCGACGACGACUGGAUGGCGGAGCGCCAGUUCACUGACGGCACAGUCAGUACCGACAAGGAUACCUGGUGGUCGAACCUGAAGGUCUCUCUGCUCGACGUGGCGGCGCCGAUGACGGUUCUGCCCAGCGUCAGCUGCCAGGACGCCAUCGACAUAAUGAACGGAGAGGGAUUCGAUCAGCUGCCCGUCGUGGAUCAGGCCGGAGAAGUGCGUGGCAUGGUGACACUGGGAUCUCUGAUGGCGAAUAUCGUCAGUCGGCGCGUCGAGCCGUCAUCCACCGUCGAUCAGGUGCUGUACAGCCAGUUCCAUAAGGUGCCUCUGGACAAGACACUGGGCACACUGUCCCGAAUUCUGCAGAAGGACCAUUUCGCGCUGAUUGUGCACGACCAGAAGCUAUACGUGGGCAAGAACAGCAUGGAGACCAAACAGGUGAUCAUCGGAAUCGUCACUCAGAUCGACCUUCUCAGCUUCAUCAUGGCUGGAGAGGAGGAGCGAGCCAAGACGUCGGGAGCUACCCAGUGAGUGGCCAAGUUAUCUACUGGCCAGUACCACAGCGCGGCAUCGUAGGAGUAACAUCUGCUCCGCGGAGCGUCGCUGCAGCCAUGUCCUAUGAUAUUAUUUCGGCCAUGUGCAAAAUGGAGCCUAUCUGACCUUUAUGUCAGAUGGGCUGGCUAAACGGGUUGGGUCACUCAGCGACCAGGCUGGCCAGUUGAAAAUGACUGCUGGAGAAACACGAGAAGGGCUGUGUGUGCUGUCUUUUUCAGGCAACGAGUGACUUUUCUGCGCCCGCACCCGCCAUCUGACUGGCCGUUUAACGUUUGUACGCACCCUAGCCGCUCUUAGAGCGUCAGCUAUUUUCAGAAUUUCACUAGCGCGUAUUGGUACCACACAUUGUUGUCUUGUUACUACUCUGCUCAAGUAAAAUUGCGGCUUCUUUUGGGCAGGGAACGGGAACCGCCCGUCUUGGGACCUUUGUUUUGAGAGGUUUUGAUACCGUCGGUCGGUACAGCGCUCAUACAGCAGGUCGUCUUACCGACACGGGAGCACCCUGCAUACUUCGCUAUAUUAUUUUGUUGCCACGUCAAUUUAUGGGCGCAUAUUUCGAGCUAGGCGUUGUCCGUGUUGUUAGUCGUUUUUAGACCCGAAUUUUAUCCGUACCUUACUGGAGACGCUCAAUUUUGGUUUAUUCUCAGAGUAUGUACGCAGUGUGUUUGUAAGCGUUGUCUCAAUUUGUGCCACAACUGGAAUCUAUGCACCUUUUGUGCACCUUCUCUGACAAUAAACCAUGACGUCGUGGGA